ACUUUUAAGAAACAGUGAAAAUGAGUUUCAAUGUGAUGGUCGAUAUGAAGAUGCCUUCAUAUUUACAGGAGAUAUUCAGAUCAGAUGAGACUGUCCACAUGGUCUUCAAUGAGGAAAAGCCAAUGAUAAAGUGUGAGGAAAUUAUUGAAAGUGAAACAAUUGAAUCUCCUAAGUGUGAUGAGAUUGAUCUCACAGGAAACCCAUUGGAGUUGGAUCUGAAGGACAAUGACUUGUGUGAUAUAUCAGUAUCUAUGGUAUCAAAAAUGGAACCAAAUUGGAGCCCUGAAGAGAACAGGCAUUACCCAAUUGAUUUGAAUAGUGCUAGGAAAUGUUUGAAUACUGUGAAUAUGAACUACGAUUGCAAUGAGGAUCAUAAGUUGGAGCCUGUGGUGUAUUGUAUUUGUGAUGGUAAAAAUCAACAAAAAAUUUUGGUGCUUGGUACAAAUCCAAAAACAUUCACCAGGACCAGGGUGUUAUUUACUGGAUGUUUCCUACAAACAGAAAAUAUUAUAAGCAUCAAUCACAUGAUUGAGAAACAUUAUUUGAAUUGUGACUACAAGACUAAGGUCAACACAAAUAUUAAAGCCUUAUACUCAGUAGUUGGUUGGAAGAUAGCUGAACAUAACUGGCAGAAGUCAAAGAACAGUUGUUCUGCUUUGAUAGAGGGAACUUGGAAUGAGAAAAUGUAUGAACCUCUUGGGGUUAAUUCUGCUUCAUUGAUAAUGCAAGUUAUUGUGGGGCACGAGAAAUCACCUUUGAACGUAAAUUGGGAGCAGCUGAAGCUUCUUAAUCAUUUCAAAUGUAUACUGGAGGAGAAUAAUGAUUUGGAGGAAGAGAUGGUGUCCUGUGAUCCCAGCGAUCUCAUGGACAUCCUCAGCAGUAUAACAGAGAUGACCAUGGAGAUGCAACAAUUUAGGAAAAAGUCUUCGAAUAAGGAUAAGAAGGAGAAUCAUGAGCUGAGUUUGGUUAGGGAGAAGGAUUUUUUGGAUAAGUUAUGGGACAACUUGGUCGUGUGUAAGGACGUCGGCACCUUGAAGAUUUGCUUCAAGAAUAUAUUCGAGGAAUUCGCCAACAACACGUUCAUUAAGCUCAAAGUUCUUAAGGAUAAUGAUACGUCAAUUGCAACUAUCCUUCUUGGCCUGCUGGAAGGGAAAUUGGCGGUGCCGAACAUUUCUUGUGCAGAAGCUCUGCAAAUGCUAGUCGAGUUGGGAUCGGAAAAGCUUAAGAACGAUUAUCUCCAUUUGAUAAGCAGCGCUCAGCACAGCAACGUUUCCAAAGAAAUCGCGAAGAAAUGGAUGGAGUUCAAUGAUCGUCAGGAUAGCAAAAUGCGCAUGACGACGGCCAAUCCGAAGGGGAUGGUGUCUCGCAUAACGAAGAUGACGCUGCACAAAGAUACUUACCACAAGAAUAUUCCCAAUCUCACCAAGAAGCUGAACUACCUGAGCAAUUUGCAUUUGAUUGCUGAAUUCCUGUACGUCGCCAAAGCAUGCAACCUGCCAGAUCAAACGUCGGACAUUAUCAAGAGCGUGCAUGAGAAGUAUCUACACACCAAGAGCAGCACGCUGGAGAGUCUUCUCGAUUGCGGACUGCGGGAAUGUAGGGUGAACCUGCACCGCAUCAGUUCAUCCUUGUUUGUCAAAGAUAAAAUUAUCUAUUGGAAUAUGCGUUUGGAAUCUGAAUUCGGUAAUUCUAAAACAGUCACGAUAUUCCAUCAUACAAGGAAUCCCGUCUUCCCGACAGCUAUAUUCGAUGAUUAUGAUAUCGUUACUGCCUCGAAAGAUGACGAUCUUGUGUAUGUGGUCGAAGCUAUUAUCGAUAUUAAUUAGCAAAAUCAAUUAUAUUUAUUAAUCUUUUAAUUAUUUGAAUCCUGAAGUAUAUCAUUCCAUAAUGAAUUAACAUAUCGAUGUAUCGUUAUUAUUUGUUGUGAGUUGAGAAACUGUUUGAGAAAUAAAAUACAGCAUAUUUUUAUAGUUUUA